AUGCCACCUCAGGAAAUCAUACUCAGCAGCUGCUCAGGCGAAGCUUCAUCCAGCUCAGCCCCAGGCAGAUCAGUCUCAGCGCCAGCCAUACACACACACGAUCUUCUCUCCGCCGCCCCUCUCCACGCCUUCAAAACAUCCACCGCUGGUCCAGCAUCGACAUCGUUUGUCCCUUCUCAACAUGGGGUCGGUGGGGCAGUAUUCGCCGUACAGGAAGGCAAGGCAUUAGCGCAUGUCUGGGCAUGGCAGAAGGAUCAAAUGCAUCUGAAGCUUCACCUGCCUGAAAAGCUUUCAUGCUUCGCCGUCUCGCCCAACGGGUGCUGGGCGGUCGGCGGAUCACCUUCGGGCCAGAUAUAUCUUUGGGAAAUAUCGUCCGGGAUGCUUCUAUCGUCAUUUACAGGGCAUUACCGCACAGUCAGCUCCUUGACGUUUACAAACGACUCGCACAUGCUUCUAUCGGCGUCACUCGACUCAUCGGUACAUGUCUACCUCGUCUCCCGCUUGGUAGCGGAGGAUGACUCGGGACCUGUUGGAAAGCCAUAUGGGACGCUGAAGGACCAUACGCUGGGCAUCCGAGCUGUAGCCGUGGGCAAGACAGCCGGUGCGCACGGCGGGAGAUGCUGGACGGCAUCGGACGACGGCACAGUCAAGAUAUGGUCCCUUCACCCCCCUUUCGACCUCCUCACUACCUUCUCCCUUCCCCAGUCAGUCGUCCCCACCACACUCGCCGUAGACCCCACUGAGCGGUUCUUCUACAUCGGCACAUCUACUGGCGACGUCUACCACGUCCCCCUCUUCCGGCAUCGAGCCAUGCUUGGCGCAAGCUCAGGCGUUGGCGGCAGCAUAGAAGCUAUCGGCGGAGGAGGUCAAGGCUCUGCAUCUAUCAAGACCAGUCCAAGCGUCAUCUCAACCAAAUCUCCAAUAACGGCCCUCGCCCUGUCCCUCUCCUGCACCCACCUCCUCGCCGGCACCCAAUCUGGCGAUAUUCAUAUUCACGCUCUACCCUCACAUCAACAUCUCCGGACCCUCUCCUCUCAUUCUGGGCCCAUCACACACCUAUCGGUCCUCCUUCGUCCGCCCGACCUUGUCGGCGCAUCCGCCCAGACAAAGUCGGACGAAUGGCCCCUGAUGGAGGUCAAGCCAUUCGAGCGCAUGCGUGCCGGUGCCGCCGCGAGGGACAUGCGCGAAGUAGGCAUCGUACUACGGUCAAAGGGAACCGAGAGCGCUUUGGAGAAACUGCGCCUCCAGCCCAAAUCGCAAGGCGGGGCGAGGGCGGCUGAGUCGACCACGGACACGUCCACGCAGAUCGCCAACCUGGAGAGCGAGAACAAGAAGCUCAAGGCCAGUUUGGAUAGGGCGAUGAAGGUGAAUGAGAAGAUGUGGGCAGGGGUGGUGAACAUGAAGCUGGAUGGAGGAGCCGAAGCGGGAUCUUAG